AUGCGCGUAUUUAUACUGUUAGCCGCUCUUGGAGCCGUUUGUGCGGCACCAAGGAAGCCACAACGUAUUGUCGGUGGCGAAAAUACUAGUAUUGAAAGAUAUCCUUUCAUGUCUGGUGUCUUAGAAAAAACUUCUUGGGGAACGGAACCGAUGUGUGGUGGAACUCUUAUAACCAACAGAGCUGUAGUCACAGCAGCUCAUUGUGUUGAAUACAUGAGCCCAUACCACCUGAGAGUGCGAUUGGGAUCAACCUAUGCUUCGUCUGGCGGACAAGUCCACGAACUUUCUAGAAUUAUUAUGCAUCCAUAUUAUAAUUAUCGUUUAGUCUUAAAUGACAUUGCAGUAAUCAGACUUAAAAACUCUGUUGUAAUGUCCAAUCAAAUCCAAGUUGCUCGAGUUGCUGGACCACAGUACAACUUACCAGACAAUACACGUUUGAAUGUUAUUGGUUGGGGGACUACGAGUUUCCAUGGAAAACCUUCUGAGAUACUUCAGCACGUUUCUGUUAACGUCAUCAACCAAAAUCUUUGCGCCGAACGCUACAAAUAUCUACCCGGAUCCAUUCCAAGAGUAACUCCUGAGAUGAUGUGUACUGGUAUUCUGGAUGUCGGUGGCAAGGACGCCUGCCAGGGUGACUCCGGCGGACCUAUUGUUCAUGGUGGAAAUGUUCUAGUAGGAAUUCCUUCCUGGGGAUACCAGUGCGCUCACCCUGUUUAUCCAGCGGCCCCAAGAAAAUCACAACGUAUUGUGGGUGGUGAAAACACCAAUAUUGAAAGAUAUCCUUUCAUGUCUGCUAUGUUACAAAAUUCCUUCUGGGGAUUGACUCAGAUGUGUGGUGGAACUCUUAUAACCAACAGAGCUGUAGUCUCAGCAGCUCACUGUUAUUCAGGAAUGUCGCCAUCCUCUUUGAGAGUGCGUUUGGGAUCAACUUAUGCUUCAUCUGGAGGACAAGUUCAAGUGGUUUCUAGAAUUAUCAUGCACCCACAAUAUAACUCACGCUUAAUUAUAAAUGACGUCGCAGUAAUCAGACUGCAAAACUCUGUUGGAAUGUCUAAUCAAAUCCAAGUUGCACGAGUUGCUGGACCACAGUACAACUUACCAGACAAUACACGUUUGAAUGUUAUUGGUUGGGGAACUACGAGGUACCAAGGACGACCUUCUGAAAUCCUUCAACACGUUUCCGUAAACGUCAUCAACCAAAGACUUUGUGCCGAACGCUACCGACACCUUCAAAGUUUACCUGGAAUGGGAUCCUGGCCAAGCAUAACUAAUGAGAUGAUGUGUGCCGGUAUUCUGGAUGUCGGUGGCAAAGACGCCUGCCAGGGCGACUCCGGCGGACCUGUUAUUCAUGGUGGAAACGUACUUGUAGGCAUUACUUCCUGGGGAUACGAAUGCGCUCACCCAACUUAUCCGGGAGUUAAUGUACGAGUUUCAUCUUACGCCAAUUGGAUCUCGACUAAUGCAGUUAAUUAA